AUGGAAUUGCUCAAUAAUACUUAAGUACUAAGAAAAGUAUAAAUUUAAGCUGAGAUAAUGCAAUAAGUUUAAGCAAGUUCGAAUAUUGAUCAACCUAGAAAGGCAUUCUCGUAUUCAGUUUUCACUAAGAUGUCUUCUAUCCUAUUGAAUUACUAAACUCAAUAGUAUACGGUUGCGAUAAGAAUCAAUUAAUAAUUACACUUUUUGGCAAGAGAUACCAUUAGAAUAAUAUAAGAGAUUUUUGAAGCACUUUAAUAUGUCGAUAAAGUGCAAUUGUGCGGCAAGGAUGCUUCCUUAAAAUCGUAUGAUAAAUAUAUGAGAUAACUGGAUUAAUUGGUUUUUUUUUGGGAAUAAAUACACAUAUUAGAAAAUAGACCCAUAUCGUUUAAUAAGGAGGAUAUAUCAUCUCAAAUUUCCCAGUAAUUAGAUCAAUUGUUGGACACUUUAGUAAAGAGACUCGAUUUUUAGUAGAAAUCAUAGAGGCUGAAACAGGCAGAAUCAUCAAAACCAGUUUAAGCGACUAAUAGCUAACCACAAGUAGACCAUAGAUUAAGAAUUGCCCAUGAAAUGUUUGCAGGACUUGGCAGAGAAAAGGACUAAAUAGCAGCUGUGUAAUUGUAUACGAAAUUGGCAGAAGAAAAUGAUGCUACAGGCUAAGCGAUUAUGGGACAAAUUUAUUUAGAAGGGAUUGGCUGUCCAAAAGAUUAUGAUUAAGUUAACAUUUUAUUAAUCAUCUAGGCUUUCAAUUACUUUAAGAAGAGUGCUGAUCAAUAAAAUGCCUUCAGUUUAUAUCAUGCUUCUAAAUUAGUUUUAGUAUUUAUUAAACUUAAUAUUAAGGAAGCUAAAGUCUUUGAUAAAUUUUAUGAAAAGGAUUAUAAUAACACAAUAACCAGCAAAAAUUCAAGCGAAACAUAUAGUAGAAAUUCUGACUGCUCUUUUGCCUUGACUCUCCUAAAACGAGCUGCAGAAUUAGACCAUUCAGAAUCCAUGAUAUACUUGGGAGAUUUGUAUAGCAAUGGACUCCAAUUAUAAGAUUAUACUUUAGAGAAGGAUUAUUCCAAUGCUGAAUUUUAUUACAAAUAAGCUUAAAAUAAAAAUUCAGCUAAAGCAAUGCAUAAAUUGGCUCUUCUUUAUUUAACAAUGUGCAUAUAACCACUAUAUAAAAAUCGUAGUCGAUUGAUUUACCCUCUGUUGAAUCAGGCCAAGAAUUAAGAUUAUUUGCCUGCCUUUUAUGAUUUGGGAUUACUAUUAUAUUAGGGAUUACAAGAUGAUAUAGAAUAGAACCUAGUUAUGGCUGAAUUAAUAUUUGAGCAGGGGUGCAUGAAAGGUGAUCUUAAAUGUGCUUAGAAGUUGCUCAAUUUAAGAUUUCAAGCAUUAAGAAAAAAUGAAGUUUCUAUAGAAGAUUACUUUGGUUUACUCGAUCAAAUAGAAUAAGGUAACAAGGAUUGGACCAUUACCUAUUAUAUAAGAGGAAAGGUCUAUGAAAAAGGUCUUUAAGUAGAGAAAAAUUAAAAGAAGGCUUAAGAAUAAUAUAGAUUAGGCUAUAUGAAGGGAUGUCAAAAAUGCAGAGUUUAGUUAGAUAAAAAUCAAAAAGAGACUAUGCCAACAGACAAUAAUCCAACAAAUUCUUAACAAUCUUCAUUAUAUUAAAGGCAAACCAUCAACGGGUUCAUUGAACAAAUUAGAUAAUCUGAAUGCAGGAAACCCUUUUAAAACUAGAGAUAAGUUUCUAAUGGGAAUGUCUAAUCAAUAUUUAACAAUGCUGAGAAUGAUAUAUAAUCCACUAUUCAAGAUGGACAUACACGAAUGACUAUAAGUAUUACUAGACCUAAAAAUCAAACUGAUGAUAGAAAGAGAGGAGUAUCUGCUUCUGACUUACCACUCUAAGAUAUUGGAGGAAGUAUCCUGCUUUCACAGAUUAAAUUUCCUGAAAAAACUCAUAACCAUUCUGUAUUUUGGUCACCUAGAUAAACAUCUUAGUAAUCUUAAACUGGAUUACAAAUCACUAAUUCUAUUUCUAAAAAACGAUUUAACCUUAAUAAAAUUAGGCUUCAAAGCAAUAUUCCUGAGAAUUGA